AUGACCUGUAUAGCCUUUUAUCUACUCCUUCCUCGUGUCGGUGCUCUAGAUCAUGGUUGCGGUGUUACCCAGACGCCGCCACCGAAUACGACCCUCAUGGUCGCCUCCACCUUUCUCUGUGCUCUUCCGUGUGAGGUUGUCGCCACUGCUCUUCUUAUUAAGCACGCUCUUCGCUCCAGACCAAUACUCCUCUCAGAAGGCAAUAGCGUCGCCUUGCCUGUCCUCGACCGUCUGUAUCGAGACGGUGUGACGUACUUUGCUGUUGCAAUUCUCCUUCGCCUAUGGGGUUCUCUCGUGUGGCUUCUCUGUCCAUGGAGUCUCAAAUCCUUUUCAGACUCUUGCAAUAUGGCGCUGAGGAGUAUCGUUGUCAGCCGCUUCUUUCUUUCGCUCCGCCAGUCCAUCGUCGCAUCCAGUCGAGCAACGGGAUACACAACGAUUGCUUGGGAUGGAUUUGGUGGAACAAUACAGCUUCCCCCCAACCGGGUUGAAAUGGAAGAGUCGAUCACUCUCUCGGUACUCCACGUCGCACAAGGGGUCGCUCUGGCAGAUACGCCGGGCCAUGUUCCAUAUUCGAUAAGCCUACCUACUUCGAGCUGUCUCGAGGAUUGUCGGACGCUCUCUCACCCUAGCGCAUAG